AUCAAACCGCAGGCCAAUUUGGUCUGGACCAAACCCACCGCGCCCACCGGUCAUGCUGGUCAUGCUGGUUAUUACCCACUCCAAUCGCAAUUGGCAUUUGUUUUGAAGCUGGGCGAACAACCAACCAACCAAAAGGCUCAGAUCCAUGACGUAGAGAUAAGUUCGAGCCGGAACUAGCUGAGAUAACCGCCGAUGAAUACGAGCCCGCCCUGCACUUGAGUACUGGAGUGAAUUAGUUUCCUCAUCAUCUCCUCGUCCUAUUCCCCUCCUCAAUCUCUCCGCUUCGUCGUUAUGGCCGCCCCCGUCUGCCAAUUCCAGAACCAGCUCUCGUCCUCAGCACCUGCCCAUGCGCACGAGGGCGGACAUGGGCACGCCCACGACCACGACCACGGGCAGGAGCAUGGGCAUACUCAUGAGCACCUCGACCAUGCCGGCAAGUACUCGGAGCGCGAACUCCCCGACUACUCUGGCCGUGACUGGAGGGAGCGCGCGUUUACCGUCGGCAUCGGUGGCCCCGUCGGGUCCGGCAAAACUGCGCUCCUUCUGGCCCUCUGCCGUGCACUGAGGGAGAAGCACAACAUCGCCGCAGUUACCAACGACAUCUUUACGCGUGAGGACCAAGAGUUCCUGAUUCGCAACGAGGCGCUCCCGAAGGAGCGCAUCCGCGCCAUCGAGACUGGAGGGUGCCCCCACGCCGCGAUUCGUGAGGACAUCUCGGCCAAUCUCCAUGCCCUCGAGGAGCUCCAGGCCGAGUUUGACACUGAACUGCUGUUCGUGGAGAGCGGCGGCGACAACCUUGCUGCCAAUUACUCGCGAGAGCUCGCAGACUACAUCAUCUAUGUUAUUGACGUAGCUGGUGGCGACAAGGUGCCCAGGAAGGGCGGGCCUGGCAUUACUCAGUCGGACCUGUUUAUCAUCAACAAGAUUGACCUGGCGCCACAUGUCGGCGCGUCGCUCGAGGUCAUGCGCCGCGACUCUGCAACCAUGCGCGAGAGCGGCAGCACCCUCUUCACGUCGGUGCGGCAGGGCGAUGGCGUGGAUGCGGUCGUUGAAGCCAUUCUCUCUGCGUGGAAGGUAAGCGGAGCAGUUGGCAAGAACAAGGCGCAGUCAAGCGUGUGAUCGCGUGUAAGGGGCAAGGGGCCUUCCAACGGCUGAGCAGCGGAAGCAGAUGUGGAGGGAGAUGGACGCGUCUUGGUCAGCUUGCCGCAGUGAGACAGCGAGUAUGCAUGAGUUUUCCAGCAUG